CCCAGACGAUAUAAGUAGUCUAGCCUCCUCUCCCCGCCGCCACCCCUCGCGCCGCCACCUCCCGUGCCCUCACUACCUCCUCCGCUCUCUCGCGCCCGGCGCGAAACCCUAACCUUCAAUCAUGGCGGCCUCGGAAGGAGGCGCCCCGGCGCUGACCCAGCAACAGCAGGACAUCCAGAUGAUGCUCGCUGCGGACGUCCACCUCGGCACCAAGAACUGCGAUUUCCAGAUGGAGCGCUACGUCUUCAAGCGCCGCACUGACGGUAUUUACAUUAUCAACCUUGGUAAGACCUGGGAGAAGCUUGUGAUGGCUGCGAGGGUCAUUGUUGCGAUUGAGAACCCUCAGGACAUCAUUGUGCAGUCUGCUAGGCCCUAUGGCCAGAGGGCUGUCCUCAAGUUUGCGCAGUACACUGGUGCUAAUGCCAUUGCUGGUAGGCACACACCUGGUACAUUCACAAACCAGAUGCAAACAUCAUUCAGUGAGCCACGCCUGCUUAUCUUGACUGAUCCCAGGACUGAUCAUCAGCCCAUUAAGGAGGCCGCACUUGGAAACAUUCCCACCAUUGCCUUCUGUGAUACUGACUCUCCAAUGCGUUAUGUUGAUAUUGGCAUUCCUGCCAACAACAAGGGAAAGCAGAGCAUUGGUUGCCUAUUUUGGCUGCUUGCUAGGAUGGUUCUGCAGAUGCGUGGUACAAUUCUCCCAGGGCACAAGUGGGAUAUCAUGGUUGAUCUGUUCUUCUACAGGGACCCAGAGGAAGCAAAGGAGCUUGAGGAGGAAGAGGCUCUGGUAGCUCCGGACUAUGGUGCAGUUGCAGAAUAUGCUGCCCCCACGGCUGAUACCUGGGGUGGUGAAUGGCCAGGAGCUGCAGCUCCACCUGCAGCCGCUGUGGCCGAAGCUGGUGCUGACUGGACUGGUGCUGCAGCUCCUGCUGCUGAUGCUGGAUGGGAUGCAGUUGCUGCCCCUCCACCUGCCGCCACUGGUUGGGAACAAGGCAAUGCGCCUGCACCUGCUGCAGCUACCCCGAACUGGGAGUAGAAGAGUAAAGAGCAUGGAUCAUGGGUGGAUGACUGAGUUAUUUGCCAGAAGAGUAAAGCACAUGGAUUAUGAGUUAUUUGCCGUUUAAAACCGGUUGGUAGACAUGUUUACGUAGAUUUAAUUUUUAUAGUAAGAAUUGUGUUAGAGACGCAAAUCGAUUUUUGUCUUGUUGACUAUGAGUUGCCCCCUACCUUAUGUUACCUCGGACGGAUAGUUUUAUUUUAAGUGAACUUGCCAGUGAGAUGUAUGUCUAGCACAAAUUGGUAGUUUAUUUGUUUGCUAUUUUGCUUCUGAUUCUAAA